UAUCACUCGUAGUAACUGAAUGUGCCCGACACUGACAGAUGAAGCCACAAAGGCACCAGCUGCAAGAAGACCAUUGAGAAAAGAAGUCUUCCUCAGGGUGACCUCAGCUCACCCACUCUCAGCAGCCUCUCGGUACUGGUUAUCAAAUACACUCAGCAUUGUUGCGGUCCACCAAAAGGAAGUACACAUUUAUUUUAAGAAAAGAGGAAGGAGAGAAGCUGGUAGAAAGUCUGAUGAAGUGAGGACAGCUUCGGGAAGACUCUCAGGGAGAAUGGAUAAAACAAGGCGAACAAUUAUUGUGGUUUUUCUGCUAUUUGUCCUUUCAGGUAUGCCAGCAGAGUGCCAGACUUUGGAUGUGUGUGCAACCUGCCACCCUAAUGCCACAUGUGAGGACAAGUCCGACGGGUCUGGUAAAGUUUGUAACUGCAAAUAUGGCUUUGUUGGAAAUGGAAGAACCUUCUGUCAAGACAAAGAUGAAUGCCAGAUUGAGGCCAAUAAGAUCUGUGGGCAGCACACCAUGUGCCACAACACAUUCGGCAGCUACUACUGUUCCUGCUUGGCUGGAUACAGCCCCUCUAAUAAUAUGGCUGUCUUCAUCCCAAAUGAUGGAACCCACUGCCAGGAUAUUGAUGAGUGCAGUAUCACUGGGUUAUGUGGGGAGGGGGGUCGGUGCAGAAAUCUUGAUGGCAGCUUUGACUGCAGCUGCCAGACGGGAUACCAAGUCCACAAUGGAUACGAGCCCUUUCAUCCACAGAGGAACAGUGCUUUCUGCAAAGUGGUUGAAUGUGGCCAGCCUCCUUCAGAGGAGGACACAGAGCUGCUGUCAGUCACAGGAACCACAUUUGGUAGUGUGGCCACAUUCGGCUGUGACGAAGGCUUUGUGUGGAGGAGGGGAGAAAACAGCUCUGUGUGUGGAGCUGAUGGACUGUGGAGAGGACCCACCCUGGUUUGUGAAGAGAUCAUGUGUGGAAAUCCUCCUUUAAUUGAAUUAACAGAGCAGGUGUGGAACAAUAAGUCAACCCCUGGCAGCUCUGUGCUCUAUCUCUGUAAGAAGGGCUUUUAUAACAAAGGAGGACAAAAUGUGUCCAUCUGUAAUGAAAACGGUCAAUGGACAUCUCCGUCCCUGUCAUGCCAAGAGAUAUUAUGUGGAGACCCUCCUGUUGUGCUUCACACUGGACAGGUGUGGAAUGGCAGCUCCACCCCUGGAAGCACAGUUACUUACUUUUGUACAACAGGAUUUUAUCAGAGUGAUGGAAACAAUGUGUCAGUGUGCACAAGCAAUGGCUACUGGACGAAGCCUGACAUGUUAUGCAAAGAAAUUGACUGUGGAGAACCCUUACCAAUCCCCCACACAGUCAUGCUGUGGGAUAAAACCUCCACUCUGGGCUCUUAUGUUGCUUAUAAGUGUGACCAUGGAUAUCUCAGUAUUGGAAAAGGGAAUGAAUCAGUUUGUACUUCCAGUGGAAAAUGGGAUGCGACCUCUCUGUCUUGUCAAGAAAUCAGUUGUGGAGAGCCGCUAUUUAAACCACAUGCUAAAAGGUUAUGGGAUGGCACAUCGCACAUUGGUAGUGUCGUCUAUUACCAGUGUGAAGAAGGAUAUUACACAAGAGGCCUGAAAAACUACUCAGAGUGUGGAGAAAAUGGACGGUGGGAGGAAAUUGAUCAGUGGUGUGAAGAAAUAAGCUGCGGCCUUCCACUAACUCUCCCCAACACUAAACAGCUGUGGGAUGGUAACAGUACACAAGGCAGUGUUGUGCGCUAUGUGUGUAUGGAUGGAUUUUACCAGGAAAGUGGAAAUCACAUUUCAACAUGUUCACUAUCAGGAGAGUGGGGGAAAAUAUCUUUAACUUGCAGAGCUAAAUGUGGCCCUGUUCCCUUCCUUGCCAACUCAGAGGUAGUGUGGCAUAACAGAAGUGUUGUGAUCCACCGCUGUGAAGCAGGAUAUCACAGCUGGAGGGGCAGCAACAUGUCUGUGUGUGACAGCUCUGGGGUAUGGCAGAGAGCUUCUCUCAUAUGUAUUGAAAGCAAGCCUCCUAUAAAUCAUCUAUCAGUCUAUAAUGCGAAUUGUCUGCGGUGGAAAGCAGAAAAGUAUGAAGAAGAUACAGAAGUUUACAAGGUGACUUACGCUGGGUUCAGAGACUACCAGAGAGACUUUCAUGACAAAGGGAGGCGCUUUCUGAGCUCCAAGGCUGAUCAGCUUGAACUCUGCCUCAACUUGCUUCCUUUAACAAACUACAGCAUUUCUAUGACUGCAGUGUCGGCCAAAUUCACAGCGACCAUCACCACUAACACCAGUUUACCAGUGCCUUCAGCUCCAGUUGUCUACUACAAAGAAUUUGAGACUUCAAAACCAACUUUGAGGCUACGCAGAUCACCCAACACACUGGACCCAGUGAGCUUUUACCAAGUCUUUGUGCUUCCAGUAGAGGGGGUUAUGAUGUUCGACUGUUCCUUUCCUUCAAGCUUAGCCUCAUCAAGCAAAUUAACAUCACCAACAGAGUACAUAGCUGCCCAGCUUGAUGUCCUAAAUCUUGAAGCAGAAGUUAAUUUUACUGUAGGGGAUGGAUUCUUCUAUGGCGGCUUCUAUAAUGCACCGCUGGAGAGUGGGAAAAACUAUUAUAUCCUCUUACGAGCUGUCAGCCAGUGGAAAAUGGCCUCAAAAAGUUGCUGUGUCCUGUGGGCAAAAGUAACAGGUGCAUCGUAUGUCUUGAGGGUUUCAUCACUGACUGCUACUGCAGUAGUUGGAGUGGCUGCUUUGGUUAUAUUGUUGGGGUACAGUUUCUCCUGGUGUGUCAAGAAAAUGUAGCUGUCCUCAGUGGUUUUGUUUUUAGCACUGUGAAAAAUUAAUUAGUCUUUCAUUUCUAACUGUACAUUUUGCAAAUACUUAUUCAAUUUUUUUAAUGCAAAAUACAAAUUUUAAUAAACAUUUACACUUUCUACUUAA